AUGGAGAACCUCGCCAACGACGUUGUCAACGAACCUGCGCACACCCCCGUUGACCUCGCGCUCAAGGACUACCUCAUCGACGGCCCUGCUCCGGAAGGCGAGGGGGACAAACUCUUUGCUUGCCCGCAUCUAGGUUGCGAUGGGUUCACGUUUGAAACGGUCGAAGAGUGUCAAGUUCACGACGAGGAGUGGCACAGCCCUCCGUACCUUUGCUCGGACUGCGGCGCAAAUUUUGCGGCAAAGCCAGCGCUCAAGAGACACCUCAAGAUCAGCGGCCACUUCAACUGGGUCUGUAUUGAAGAGGGAUGCGUCAUGAAAGGCAUCCUCUUCGCUAACCAGGCCGAGUUUGUCUCCCACGCACUAAACACUCCGGGACACGAACAUCUGUUUCCCGAGGAGGCACUCCAAAGCCCCGGUUCAGCCAAACGGAUCAACUACGCGGAAGUUCUCACUAUCAUGGAAGGCGAAUCUAGUGAGGGAGACUCAUCGGAUGAUGAAGACCAAAUUUGCCCUGAACCAUCGUGUCGACGGUACCAACACACCUUUCACAAAGAGGCCGAGUAUAUCAGACACAUCGAAUCUCACGGCCACGUCCACGCCGUCAGAUAUUCCGAGAGCCUUCGAGAAUCGGGAAAAUCGAUUGCCAAUAUCACACUUGAACAAGAAGCCGCACGAGAAUUUCGCUGCACGGCUCAUCACUGCACCUAUUUCGGGGAAAAGCUCAAGACAAGCCAGAGCUUUUACCAUCACAUCACCACUGUCCAGCAUUUGCAUCCGCGAUCUGCCGAGUCGAAUCCUUCUUCACCAACGGCAGACAUUCGCCUGAAGCUGGCCCAGAUCAAUCUGACCUGCGACGAACCCGAAUGUCCCAGGUUCGAGCACUGUUUCCUCAACAGGGGCGCCUAUGGGCAACACACAAACUCGGUUGCUCACAAGAGAGCCAUUGAAUACGGGCAGUUGAAGAGAGCGCUGGCCGGUUCCGUCGCUGGAAGCCAGGACGAUGCGGAUUCUCAGACUCCAGAGCCGCAGACGCCGACUGCUAAAGCGAUACCGCCGACGACGCCUCAGAUCUGGAGUCGCAGCUUGUUCACGCCCAUCAGCCCGACUACGCGUACUUUCACCCCAAUCCAAUUCGUUACCCCGACCAAGCGGCCGGCAAAGGACGUGGUGAUGAUGUCGCCACCGCCUUCGUCACGACGGGAGGAGUCGUUGAAGAAGAGGAACCGGGAGCUGGAAGAGGAGCUGAGGGAGACGAAGGAGAAGAUGGAGCGAAUGCGGAAUACCUACCAGGAGCAGAUCAGCUCUUUGUUUCAGACUCUGGGAGAGACGCAGAGCCGAAGUGUGCGAUGUGAUUGA